UUGGGCCUGAAUGACCACCAUCAAAAUGAAGUUAUUAAUUAUAUGCGUUUUGCUCGCUCAAAAAGGGGCUUGAGACUCAAAACGGUAGAUUCUUGCUUCCAAGACCUCAAGGAGAGCAGGCUGGUGGAGGAGACCUUCACCAUAGAUGAGGUCUCCGAGGUCCUGAGCGGGUUGCAGGCUGUGGUUCAUAGCGAGGUGGAGUCGGAGCUCAUCAACACUGCCCACACCAAUGUGUUACUUCUGCGGCAGCUAUUUUCACAAGCUGAGAAAUGGUACCUUAAGCUACAGACAGACAUUUCUGAACUUGAAAACAGAGAGUUAUUAGAACAAGUUGCAGAAUUUGAAAAGGCAGAAUUUACAUCUUCAAACAAAAAGCCCGUCUUAGAUGUCAUAAAGCCAAAACUUGCUCCACUUAAUGAAGGCGGAACAGCAGAACUCCUAAACAAGGAAAUUUUAAGGCUUCAAGAAGAGAAUGAAAAAUUGAAGUCAAGGCUGAAGACCAUCGAAAUACAGGCUACAAAUGCAUUGGAUGAGAAGUCAAAGCUAGAAAGAGCACUGCAGGACUUACAGCUUGAUCAAGGAAACCAAAAGGAGUUUAUAAAGACCCAAGACUUGAGUGAGUUGGAAAACACAGUCGCUGCUUUAAAGAGUGAGUUUCAGAGGACACUCAGUAACACGACAGAAAACCAGAAGUCCCUGGAGGAGAAUCUGGCGACAGCCAAGCACGACCUACUCCGAGUUCAGGAGCAGCUGAGCUUGGCUGAAAAGGAAUUGGAGAAGAAAUUCCAACAAACAGCCGCUUAUCGGAACAUGAAAGAGAUUCUUACCAAGAAGAAUGACCAGAUCAAGGAGCUGAGGAAAAAACUGGCAAAAUAUGAACCUGAAGAUUAA